AUGUCGGUUGAUGAAUACUUGGCUAAGUUCAAUGAACUGGCCAAGUUUGCCCAUUUUCGUAUUGCUAUGCCUACAUUGGCAUUCUUGGCUUCUAAUUUCCGUAGGGGACUUAAUGAAGAGAUAGAAGAUCGUAUUGUUGGUACUGCCUCUAGAGACUUUGGUACCUUGAUCCAGCAAAGCCAUGAUAUUGAGAAUGUUUGCAUAAAGAACAGGAAGAGGAAGACGGGAGAGCUUGAGGUGAAGGGAGCUGGUAGCUUCAUUUCCUGGAGAGACAUGAAUUUUGGAGGAAAAGGCAAAGGGAAGCAGUUAUCUGCUAGGCAGGCGCUGAACCAGUUCAAGUGGACUUCGACUCAGGGAAGUGCAGUUAGACAUUCCACUAUUCCCAGGUGUACUGGAUGUGGGAGAUCACAUGUUGGGCCGUGUGCCACCGACCAAAUCAUUUGUUUUCAUUGUGGCAAGGAGGGCCACUAUGCCAGAGAUUGUCCUUCAUCAGCUGCUAGAGCUGCAAUAGUUCAGGCGGUUCCUUUACAGAUGAUUCCUACUCCACCUACAGCGGCACCUGUCGUGUCACCAGCCAUGGGCCGAGUUUACACCUUGGAUCGGCAGCAGUCGGACAGAGCUCCGAACCUUGUAAGAGGUACCAUUUCCAUUGGUGGUUGUGAUAUUGAUGUAUUGUUUGAUUCUGGGACUGUGCACUCUUUCAUCGUGACCCUGAUUGCUAUGGGGCUUGAGUUCCCAUUUCUGUGUUUUUUCUUCCUUUGCGGGUGA